AUGAGCGGUGUGAAAAGGGACUGGUACCAAUCGAACGAAAGAGUCAUUCUAGCGCUCCUGACGAAGGCAUGCUCAGAAGUGCAAGUUCAGUUUGAAAGGGAUUCUGUCACCGUUAGCGGCAUCAAUAAAGAGGGAAAUGCAUUCACAGAAGUGGUGGAACUCGCCUGCGAAAUCGUCCCAAAACAGUCGACUUUUAAAACAAUGUCGACGAAGAUUGAGCUGCGGCUGAUGAAAGCAGAUCCGGGCUUGCGCUGGGAGCAAUUAGAAAAACAAAGUCUUCACGAGAUAAAGCAGCCAGUCAAGCAUAACCAGACCAAGGAUUGGGACAAGCUGGCCAAAGAAGCUGCCGAACAAGAGGAUAAAGAUAUUGAGCAGGGUGGCGGUGAUGCAGCGCUUCAGCAAAUGUUCAAAAAAAUCUACGCUAAUGCGAACGAAGACACCAAGAGAGCGAUGAUGAAGAGCUUCCAAGAAUCCAACGGGACAGUUCUUUCCACAAACUGGAACGAAAUCGGCUCCAAGAAAACAGAGACAAAACCGCCAGAUAGCAUGGAGUUCAAGAAAUGGGACUCUUAG